AUGAAGGUCACUGGAGUCAGAGUUGUUGAAAUAAAAAACCAUUCUGCCAUUACAGAAUUUAUCCUACUGGGUCUUACUGAUUCCCCUGAACUGCAGAUACCUCUCUUUGGGGUGUUUACAUUCAUCUAUGCUGCAGCUGUAGAUGCCAACUUCCUCCUCAUGUCUACUAUAUGCACAUUCAAGAAACUCCACACACCCAUGUACUUCCUCAUAUUCAAUUUGUCCUUAGUGAAUAUAUUGUCUAUCUCAGUUAUAACUCCCAGGUUACUCAAAAGUCUUUUGACCCAUACAAAAAUGGUUUCACUUUAUGGCUGUAUUGCACAAAUAUAUUUCUUUAUAUGGACCUUGGGGUCAGAAUUGUUCCUUCUGUCAUUUAUGGCCUUUGACCGCUAUGCUGCCAUCUGCCAGCCUUUGCAUUACACUGUUAUCAUGAGGAAAGAAGUAUGUGUCGCCAUAGCAACCACUGUAUGGAUUGCUGGAAUGCUAAACACUUCGGUACAAACUGUAUUCAUGCUCCAGCUUUCUUUUUGUGAUUCCAAUGUCAUCGAUCAUUUCUUCUGUGAUAUACCUCAAAUAUUAGAUCUUGCGUGUUCAGACACCAGUAUAAUCCAUGUUAGUACAAUCAUUUCAGAUGUGUUUUUUGGGAUUGUUACUUGUGGGUUGACUCUAACAUCCUAUUUUUUUAUACUGAGGACCAUCUUCAGGAUCCGUUUCACUGAAGGAAAAAAGAAAGCAUUCUCCACAUGUUCCUCACAUCUCUUUGUAAUCAGUUUUUACUUUUCUUCAGUCAUCUACACAUAUAUCAGGCCUCCUUUUUCUUCUGUAGAGAAGGACAAGUUCAUUGCUCUCCUUCAUACAGUGGUAACUCCAGUUGUUAAUCCACUCAUAUAUUCUUUGAGAAACAAAGAUGUUAAAGAAGCAAUGAAAAUGCUCACUAGAGAACUCAAAUAG